GGUGGAGCAGAGACAGAGACAGAGAGAGACAGCAGAGACAGAGCAGAGACAACAGAUUCUUUCCACAGAGCAGCACCCAGUGGAUCCAGCAGUAAUGUCCUCCAGGCCCAACGGGAGUCCGCCUCCCUAUGAGUCAGAUGGAUAUAACGUCCCUCCCCAGCCGGCCUAUUCCUACUACCCGGAUGACGAGUUCCAGCAUUUCUACCGCUGGACGUCGCCACCGGGCAUCCUCAAAAUCAUGUCCAUCAUGGUCAUCGUGAUGUCCGUCGCCAUAUUUGCUUGCGUCGCCUCCACGCUGGCUUGGGACAGUCAGGGUGCCCUGGGUGGAUUUGGGGGCAUCGGGUACGGGGGAGGAGGCUAUGGGGGAGGUUAUGGAGGAGGAAGCUAUGGCGGCGGUGGGUAUGGCAGCUUUGGUGGCGGUGCAUACGGAGCUGGGAACAACUACGGCUACGGUGGAAUUGGAGGGAAUUACAACGACCCCAGAGCAGGCAAAAGCUUCAUCAUUGCCAUGGCAGCCAUGUCCUUCAUCGCGGCCCUGGCCAUCUUCAUCAUCAUCGUGUCUCACCAGAGCCUAUCGGAGAGCAGGAAGUUCUACCUAGCAGUGAUCAUCAUCUCCGCCAUCCUUGCUAUGCUAAUGCUCAUCGCCGCCAUAGUGUACUUGGUAGCAGUGAACCCGAUGGCUCAGUCCUCCGGGUCGGCCUACGGCAGCCAGAUUGCUGGUCUGUGUGCUCAGUACCAACAACCGCAGCCCUCAGGGAUGUUCGUCAACCAGUAUCUGUACCACUACUGCGUCGUGGAGCCACAAGAGGCCAUCGCUGUGGUGUUGGGCUUCCUGGUCGCCAUCGCUCUGAUCAUCAUGCUCGUUUUCGCUCUGAAGACUCGCCAGAAAAUCCAAAACUACGGCAAGAGCAACAUUCUGUGGAAGAGGGUGAAGGUUGUGGACGAGAUGGAGCCACCUGGGGAUGUAGAGGCAUGGGUGAACAACGUGUCCGGUAGCCCUGAGGUGCUCCCGAUAUCAGACUACCCUGAUAAGCUGAGAGGCUCCAGGAGUUACCUGGACGACGAGAGCACAAACUAUGACAAACCCCCCUACAGUUACACCCCACAGCCUGCAGUGGAAGAGGCCACGCCUUUGCAUAAUGGCGUUCCCUACAGCAGUAACUCGGACUUAGCCAGCUCGGCUGGAAGGCCCAAAAAGAGACGCGCAGGCCGGCCGCGCCGCGCUGACGGACAGGACUACGAAACCGACUACAACUCCUCAGGAGACGAGCUGGACGAUGAAGACUUUGACCGUGAAUUCCCUCCAAUAGCCACUGAGCAGAUUCGCAACGACUACAAGCAUGAAUUUGACCGCGACCACCUCGAGUACAAGGAUCUGCAGGCAGAGCUGGACGCCAUCAAUAAGAGUUUGUCGGAGGUGGACCGAGAGCUGGAUGAUCUGCAGGAGGGCAGCCCGCAGUACCUGGAUGCUAUGGAUGAGUACAACAAGAUAAAGAACAUGAAACGGACUCCAGAUUAUCAGAUGAAGAAGCGCAGGUGUAAAUAUCUGAAGUCCAAACUGAACCACAUCAAGAAGAUGGUCAGCGAUUAUGACCGCAGGGCCUGAGAGAGAUUUUACGCCUGUCCGAGACGUGACAGAAGGGACUAAAUCUGCUUCGCUGCCAUUGGGGGGAGGCUUUACUGGCAAACUGUAUACGGAGCUACGUUGAUGUACAUCGCAGUCUGUCCGAGCUGAUGUGAAACAUUGCAAAUGUUUGGAGGCACAAGAAACAAAUAUUCUGUUUUGUAUUAUGCCGCUGUUUGUAUUAUGAGUGGCGUAAAAACUGUUUGAUGUAUUUAUUUUGUUGAAUGUGAUCUGAAGAUCUAGUAGAGGAGUUAAGCCACCAGAUUGUGGCGUGAAUACAAAUUGAUGCUUAAUCCACGUUCGUUUUUUUAAUAGCUCUUGCCACAAUGACUCAGCGUGAGUAGCUCAUAUUUUACUGUCUUUUCAUUCUCAUUUUUAAUAUAAACGUGUAAAUAUGUGGGAUGUUAAUGUUUUUAGCCAUUUGUGGAAGCAAAUUCACAUGUGUGCUAUGGUGUUUCUUUAUCUAUGGUAGAACAAAUGAUUAUGCAUGUUUAAUGCAUAGUGAUGUACUUUUACAAUGAUUUGUGAUACCUUUUUUAUUAUAAUAAAUUCAUUUAUUAAACAUUUUUUGCUGUUA